GAUUGUCUAAUGCAGGUUUUCACUUAUUUACAGUGUCAACUCUGUUCCCGGGAAAUUGAAAAAACCUAAAAGUAAAAGAAAGGAUUUUUGUAUAAUUAUGCGAAAAGAUUGAGUCACAGAGAGUUGAAUGUUGGUGUUAGAUUGAUAUGGAAGAUAGAAAAGAGUGUUGCAGGUGCAGAGAAUUGGAAGUUGAGAUUGAGAAGAAGAAGAGUGAGUACAAAACUCUGGAGGCCAAGUUUAAAAAGUUAGAAGAAAAGGUGAAGACUUUGAAGAGGAGAAAGGACGGAAAGAGAAAGCUUUCUGGAAUUGUGGACUUGACUGGAGAUGAUGAUGAAGAAGAAGAAGAAGAAGAGAGGGUGAUUGAGCUGAUGAUCGAGAACAGUGUUUUGGAAUGUGAAAAGAAAAAGGCUGAGUCUGAAGUUGAGUUCCUGAAGCAAAAGUUGAGGGAAAUGGAGAUUAAUUUCAGUGAAGCAGUUGAAGAUAAACCCAUGAAUAAUUCAGUUUCAGAAACUCCUCAUAAUGGCACAGUUUCUGAGCAUGUUACUUGUCCUAAAGGAGAUGAGGGAGGUCUCAGUUCAAAAUCUAAAGUGGCAUCAUCUAGAAGACAAGUCAGAAAACAUCUGGCAUUUGAUGAAGGGCAAAGUCCAGGCAAGAAAAUAGCUCCAUCGACGCCUAGCGUUGCUAGAACUGCUUCUCUGGGAAUAAUUGAUGUGUGUGACAGUGAUGAAGAACCUUAUAUGGCACAUGUUGGAAUACCUUCUGUCGAUACACAGGGAAAUAGAAAUGUUGGCCUUCCAACUGAUCAUGCAUUAGAAGGAUUUGUGGGUAGUGAUAAGGGGACUUCUAACAGAAGUGGGAAAAGGGCUCUUUUUAAGCACUGCCAUGAGGAGGACACGACUGGUUUUGAGGAUGAUAUCUCAUUUAUUUCGCCUCCUAAAAGAAAACGAGCUUCUAAUGUUGUUACUAGUGAUACAGAGAGUGAUGAUAAAAAUGAUGAUUUUCCCAUCGGUAAACUCAGGAGGCUGCAUCUUCAUGAAAUAAUUUCUGAUCAAGUUCCUUCUGAAAUGAAUAGUUGUUCUGCGACUACUGCUGCUCCUGGAGCUGACAACAUCACAAAUCCCAAAACUCCUGCAAGGCGACGCCUGGUGUCAUUGAAAAAGUGCUUAGAAAAGAGUGGGGUAGCAGAAGGUUCUUCAAGUAAGAGUAAUGAAACUGAAUGUCAACGUGGAAUUCAUACAGCUGAGGCUCUUUCAGAUGAUAUAUCGGAAGAGGAUGGAUCAGAGAGUGAGGGUGAGAGCUUGAAUGGAUUUAUUGUGGAAAGCUCUGAAGUUUCAGAUGUUGAUGAUGCUUCUAGUGAGACUAUAGAUGAAUCCGAUGACAAUGAGGACUUUCAUGAUGUUUUAUCUAGACUUAGAAGGAGCAAAGGUAAGAAAUUGGAGUGGGAGUUUGAAGGAGACAUGCUUGCAGCCUUUGGUAAGGAUGCUGAACUGUGCAUGAAGGCUGUAUGUGCCCUUUAUCGACAACAAACUCAUGAAGAAAAAGCAAGCAAGGGAUCUCUGGUCUACAAUCACAGGGGUUUCAGCAAAUUUGAUGCACCCAGGGGCACUACUCUGGCUGAGUUUCUCACUGGGGGAGAUCCACAAGGCAAUCUGAAAAAAUCUGUCAAGCAGUUGGAAGAGCAUGACCAUAAGGGAGUUGAGAUGUGCAGAACGUUCGCAACUCACUACUCCAAGCAGUUGUUUGAGAUCUACAAGAACAAGGAGGAUCCUCUCUUUUUCCCUUGAGUUGCCCUGCCACUGCUUCAGAUUCGAAAAUAUUACGAAUCAGAGAACUGCAUCUGGAAACCAAGUCGCAGAGAAUGGCAUUUCGUAAUUUUUUUCCAUUCACUGCAUUGUAUAAUAAUUAGUUUACUCAGAUAUGGCUUGUAUUUCUAAUAUUACCGUAGAAACACAACGCAAUGGUGUAUUUGUGUGUAUAUGUUCCUAUUAUAUAACUAAAAUUGGUGUACAUUUGAUAUUGCUGCCGAAUGUUAUAGAAUGUUGCAUAAGCAGUUCCUAGUA